AUGGCCGCUUCAUCGCUGUACGACGAUCCUGCCCAUAUCGCCAGAUUCUUAGAGGUGCUCAGAGGCACCUCGAAGUCUGCAGAGACUGAGACACAAUUCAACGAUCCCUGGUCGAAGCUCAAUCCACAGAGUCCAGACUUCUCUCCCAAGAUCACCGUCGCCAAUCGUCACGUUGAAAAUGGCCUCCCUAAAACAAGCAAUGAUCCACAAGGUGUUCAAUUGUCACAUCAACGGGGACCUGAUGCGAGCCCUCUGGCACCGUUCCAAUCACCGUUCCCUCAAGUAACCUCGACGCAAAAAUCUGCUCGGGUUGACUUAGUUCAAGAUCAAAAUGGCCUUGUCACUGAGCCGACAAACCCAGAUGCUGAGCAAGUGCUCUUCGAGGAGCACCCUAACAUCCCUAAUAAACGGCCACUGACGCCGACCCAGCAUAGACUCCUGGUCGGAAAAAAGCCUGGCAUCGAGCACCUCACCGAGGACAAGUUGGCGGAAUUAAGCAAACAGACUCAGGGUUACAUGAACAAUGUGGUUGACCGAUUUCGAAAGUCAAAAGAGCAGAAUUUGGCCCAUAAUUUCAUCGCCAGUGAUCAUGUUCCUUCGGUCAACCUCCAGGCUGAGAAUUCUUCUCACGCUUGCUCAUCUUUGGCAACAGAUGGGGACCAAGAAUCAAACCCAUGCACACCGGAUGCUGCCUCGAUCCACUAUGCUGAACGAACGUCAGUCAACCGCCGAGCCAGCGCGAGCCAAAACGACGGGCCUAAUAAGAGCUCUGACCAGCACGAAGCCUGGCAAGAGAAGAGUCCUGACAGUGUUUCGUGCCACACUCCUGUUGUGGACUAUGUCUGCAAGAAUGAGCAGCAGUACGGGAAUGACUAUUCAGAGCAAGUGAGGGACUCGACAGGGGUAGUUCCAUUUCCCAGCUUCAACGAAGGCCCACCUAUGCAUGCGCUUGGCAACGUAAAGGAGGAUGAAGAGGAACGGCAAGAACCAACAGCUGCGGCUGCUGUCAAAGACAAGCCUCUGUCAACAUCUACUCCCAAUCUGCAUGGACACAGCACAGUCGCGGAGAACAGUGGGGAAGAGAGCGUCCCAGUAAUUCAUAAAGCAAGCGACAGUGUUACUCCCCUGCCACAUACCCAGUCCCCCACCAUUGUGGUGACCGCCAGCACGGACACAGACGACAGUGUCGAAGAGGAUAAUGACGACGAUGAUGAGCAAGAGGAUAGAGAGAACCUCGUCCGCUUCAAGUCGUGGGGGGCACCAGCUGCCCGAAACAAAUCCAAAUCUCGCCCACGUACUGUCAUCCUCACUGGUCUACCACGUGGUACUGAUUUCACCCUCGUUCAAUCUCUGAUUCAUGGUGGUGCUAUCGAAGGUAUGAGGCUCAUUGACUCCAACCCUGAGCGGAUCACAAUCUCGGCCCACGUCACCUUUACCUCUGCCGACGCCUGCGAUCGCUACUACGCCGAGUAUCCCAAAGGUUUAGAAAUCCGCUAUCAAGGCCGGAAGUGGUUUGUCCUCGUGCACAAGAAAGAGCAGGUGGAUGUGGUCUCUGGAAUGUUGCAGGGAUAUCUUGACUGUGGAGCGACACGUGUGGUCAAGGUGAGCGGCGCCGACGACGACUGGGGGAUUGUGGCUUUGAACAAGCUUGCUGAAGGAAAGACUGGCACACGUCAAGUCGAGGCCGUUCAGGAUACGUAUCGCAACGGGAUUCGCACCAUCGUCUUCCGGUUCGCCAACAUCAGCCACGCAGUCCAAUUCAAAAGCCAUCUUAUUCGAAGCGACGAUUGGUAUGGAUGUCAUGUUGAGUUUGCAGAGGAUCCGUGCGAAAAAGCGAGUGCAAUUCGCAAUGAUUGA